AUGUCUGCUCGUCCCCAGAACAUUGGCAUCAAGGCCAUCGAGGUCUACUUCCCUUCCCAGUGUGUCGACCAGGCCGAUCUGGAGAAGUACGAUGGCGUCAGUGAAGGAAAAUACACCAUUGGUUUGGGUCAGACCAAGAUGAGCUUCUGUGAUGACCGCGAGGACAUUUACUCUAUGGCCCUGACCACCCUUUCCUCCCUCAUGCGCAAGUACAAUGUCGACCCUAAGUCCGUCGGUCGUCUUGAGGUCGGCACCGAGACUCUGCUGGACAAGUCCAAGUCCGUCAAGUCGGUCCUGAUGCAGCUGUUUGCCCCGCACGGCAACACCAACAUCGAAGGCAUUGACACGGUCAACGCCUGCUACGGUGGUACCAACGCCGUCUUCAACAGCAUCAACUGGGUUGAGUCGUCCGCCUGGGACGGCCGUGAUGCCGUCGUGGUUUGCGGUGACAUUGCUCUGUACGCCAAGGGUGCUGCGCGCCCCACUGGUGGUGCCGGCUGUGUGGCCCUGCUCAUCGGCCCCGAUGCCCCCAUUGUCUUCGAGCCCGGUCUGCGCGGCUCUUACAUCACCCACGCCUACGACUUCUACAAGCCCGACCUCACCAGCGAGUACCCCGUGGUCGAUGGUCAGUUCUCGCUCAAGUGCUACACCGAGGCCGUCGAUGCCUGCUACAAGGCCUACGGGUCCCGUGAGCAGACGCUCAAGGCUCAGCAGAACGGUGCCAACGGCACCGACGAGUCCAAGACAGCGCUGGACCGCUUCGACUACAUCCUGUACCACGCCCCGACGUGCAAGCUGGUGCAGAAGUCCUACGGUCGUAUGCUCUACAAUGACUACCUGGCGAACCCAACGCACCCCGCUUUCGCCGAGGUGGCCCCGGAGCUGCGUGACCUGGACUAUGAGAAGUCUCUGACCGACAAGGUCGUUGAGAAGACCUUCAUGGGUCUGACCAAGAAGCGCUUCGUCGAGCGUGUGCAGCCCGGUCUGCAGGUGGCCACCCAGUGUGGUAACAUGUACACGGCUACCGUGUACGCCGGUCUCGCCAGUCUGCUCAGCAACAUCACUUUCAGCCCUAGCGAGCCCAAGCGCAUCGGUCUCUUCAGCUACGGAAGUGGCCUGGCUAGCUCUAUGUUCAGUGCCAACAUCGUCGGCGAUGUGUCGUACAUGGUCGAGAAGCUGGACCUUCAGAACCGCCUCAACGGCCGCACCGUCCUGGCCCCGCAGGCCUACGAUGACAUGUGCAAGCUGCGCGAGCAUGCCCACCUGCAAAAGGGCUUCAAGCCGUCCGGCCAGGUCGAGACGCUGCAGCCCCAUGUGUACUACCUGUCCGAGGUCGAUGAUAUGUUCCGCCGCCACUACGAGGUCAAGGCGUAA